AUGGAACCGCUUGUCAACUUCAUAAUUCGGCCACCCAGAGCUGAAUAUGAUCCAAAAAGUGAUUUAUUGGAUUAUGAAUUCAUGCUAAAAGGGAAAUGGUUUCAACGGAAGGAUGUGGAGAUAAAAAACAGCCGCGGGGAUAUUCUUCAAUGCAGUCAUUACAUGCCAAUUGUCAGUCCUGAUGGAAAGCCUCUUCCAUGUGUAAUAUAUUGCCAUGGAAACAGGGCUGAUGCCAGUGAAGCUGCUAUAAUUUUACUUCCUUCAAAUAUUACAGUUUUUACCCUGGAUUUCUCAGGAUCGGGAACCUCUGGAGGAGAGCAUGUCACUCUAGGUUCUAUCUUCCAAAGCAAUGGGGAAGUGGAUAUGAAAUCGUUACUGCUAUAUGAUAGGGAAUAUUGCCUAUUGAGCGUCACAAUGCCAAGCAGAGUCCAAAAGAAACAGUAUAGCAGGAAUGUUGAAAAGGAUGAUCUGAAGGCCGUGGUCAACUAUCUGCGGGCAGAUGGAAAUGUCUCUUUGAUUGGCUUAUGGGGACGCUCAAUGGGUGCUGUAACUUGCCUUAUGUAUGGAGCUGAGGAUCCUUCAAUUGCAGGGAUGGUUUUGGACAGUCCCUUCUCCGAUUUGGUUGAUUUAAUGAUGGAACUUGUAGAUACAUACAGAGUCCGUCUGCCAAAAUUCACAGUGAAGUUUGCAAUUCAAUACAUGCGAAAAGCAAUACAGAAGAAGGCAAAAUUUGACAUAAUGGACUUGAACACCGUUAAGGUAGCAAAAUCUUGUUUUGUUCCUACUCUAAUAGGGCAUGCCAUUGAAGAUGAUUUUAUUCGUCCUCAUCAUUCAGAUCGUAUACUUGAAGCUUAUAUGGGAGACAAAAACAUAAUUAAAUUUGAUGGAGAUCACAAUUCUCCCCGUCCUCAGUAUUUUUUUGAUUCUGUAAACAUCUUUUUCCACAAUGUUUUGCAACCUCCAGACGAUGAGCUUGGGGAAUCAUUUUUUGACAUUAUGAAUGAUUACUUUGGUAAGGUAAACUCACCAUGCAUCUCUUUGGUUCCAUUUGGUCAAAUGCCAAGCUCCAUUCGUUAA